GAAUGCGUUGCUUUCAAUACAUGUGACAUGAAGUGGGAUACAAACGUCUCGAGAUCUACAGCUGUUUUGGGUGUUGUGCAGAUGUUUUUAGUCCACAUGAGUCUGCGCGUUCCACGGUUUCAUUGGUUCCAUGGAGCAGAGACAUGGGAGGAGGGUUAGCCGGUAACUAGAGACGGCACGAAUCGGGACGAAUGGAAGUGCGGGUCAAGUGCGGUUCUGUUUAAGCGUUUAUGUAAAUGGAUCCCAACAUCGGCACUGAAAAAAACGGAGUUACUGAGGCAGCACAACCUCAGGGCUCUUACCGGUUCAAUACUGAAGAACUUCGUGUCUUAAGACAAUGCAACAAAGAGAGCUUUUAUCAGAGAUCUUUACCAUUGUCCACAAUUAUGUGCAUUGGGACUUACUAUGCAGUGAAAUUUGGUUACCUGCGAAACCAUCCUAGAUUUGGUCCAACUCCUAAAGUUUUAAUUGCUGCUACUAUCGGCUAUUUUGUUGGUAAAUUUUCGUAUCAGUCUAAAUGUGCUGAGAAAUUGAUGCAACUUCCAAACAGUCCUAUUGGUGAAAUGUUACGACAACGCAAACGGCAAUUAGGAGGCUCUCAUGAAACAUUUGCUGACCAGUCGUCCCUUUCUUGGCCUGAGUUGGACUCCAGUGCUGGAGCAUCUCAGACAUUGGAGUCUGAACAACCCAUGGGUGAUGGAUUUGAUACCUACAGACCAUUAGAUUCACCUUCUUUUGAAGAAGAAACAAUGUUGACUGUUCCAUCACAGACUACAAGUUAUGAAGAACUUCGACGUAAGAAUAGAGAAGAAUUUGAGCACAAGAAACCUAAACCUUAUAGGGGCUCAUCCUCUGAUGACCGCUUAGUGCCUUCUUCGACCCCCACUGACAGAGAGUCAAUGGGCCCCCAGAGAGCAAAGAAUAAAUAUGGGGAUGUUUGGGCAGAAUAAGACUGAGUAGCAUUUACGUGGAGAACUGGUGAAAAGAGCAGCAAAUUUCUGGAAGUUUCUUGAAGAACUUAACAUGAUUUUAUCCUUCUGAUAUCUUGUCAUCAAGUUUCUUGUAGUUGUUCAUGGUGUUGCAUUAAUUUGUUAGUGAUGUUUAGUUAUUGACUGUUCAGUUCUUGGAAGUGCACUACCUCAUUUCAAUGUGUAUUUCAUGAGAACAACUAUGUAGUUUUUCUCUUAAGAAAUUAAAAAUAAACAAACAGGAUUCCUAGUUCAUUGGUGCUGUUAUUUGUUCCUUUUGAAAGUUGCUGUUAAAGCCUGAAAAGUUGAUAUUUGUGCUUCUAAAAAAUGUGCUAUUUGUGCUUCUAGCAGCUCUUUUAUCUUGGAGGAAUCUAUGGUAUUGAAUGUCAUUGCUUUGUAUUGUGCCAUUUAAGACAAGUAGAAUUAUGUUGGCUAAAGUAACUGCACGCGCGUGUGUGUGUGCACGUGUACGUGCAUGUGUACAAGGGAUUGAAUGUAUUUGCUUAUAAGCUAUACUAUGAAUAGUUAAUGUAUAUCAUAUGAUAAUGUAUACCGAUAUUGAAUGAAAUCGAGUUUGUUUUGAAUUAAGAGUAGCACAAUUAUCUAAAUCACCAGAACGUUCAACAGAGUGCAUUUUGUCAUGGUAUAAUUUCUUUUUAUCAAAUUUAAAUAGCUUUUUAAGUUGUUGGGUACUGGUUGCCUAAUUAUCAUGUUUCCGUCAUCAAUUUAAAUAUGUUAAUUCAUCGUGCAAAUCAAUUGCUGAAUAAAUGAAAGUUUGCAUGAACAUGGAACUACCCUAACAGAAAUGAGCAUUGCAUAAUUAGAAAUAAAUUGUUAUAAACAUCAAUGCGUAGGAAAUCUCAAAUAUAUACUUUUCUCACAAAAAUGAAAAUUGUACCAUUGUACCACAAACAAACCCUGUUAUGAGAGAAUCCCAGAAGACAAAUGAAACUGUAUGGACUGUCCCUAGUCUUCAUGUACAAAUUAUGAGCUUUUUCAUUUCACAAGUAAGAGAUUUGCAUUUAAGAGUUUCUAACUGAAGUAAAAAUGUUGGUUCCAGAGGACAUUUCCUCCCUCAAAUAAAUGUCAAAACUGCAAAUUUUGCCCAUGUCAAGCUGCGCGACUCACUGGUUUUAUUCUCGAGCACCCUUGACAAAGGCGGCAUAGAAGGAAUUCCUGGCUUUUGGAAAUUAGCUGGGUUACUUCUGGAAGGUAAUCAGUUUAAGGUGAAAAUCUGUGGCCAAAUUUCUCUGUGUAUUGUUUUGUGGAAGGCACUAUGGUGUGCAUUUCUAUCGAGAGCCCAUUCAUGCUAAUGUUUUCAUCAUGUUCGGGCAAGAGGAAAGAAUGAGCAGAGCAAUAUUUGACAAGGCAUGGGCUAAUUUUCAUUCCUUGUGUACUUUGUAUUGAGCUUUACACUAUCAUGGUGAUGUUGAUGUGGAUCCUCUGAAUAACUAUGCAUGAAAGGUGAUGUAUGAGAUAAUUUUUAGAGACGAUUAAGAUGUUUUUGAGAAGUCCAAUUCUAAUAGCUCCAAAAUGGAAGUUAAUAUCUAUACUAGAAAAAUUUGACAUAUGCCUUGGCGAAAACAGUAAAAAUGUAAGAUAACCUUAGGUGAAGAUGACUUAAUCAUUUCUUGUCAACAUGAGAUAAAAAUUUUGGACCCCAAGUGUCAUCUAUAAUGGGGUUCUAUUGUAAUUUUACUAUUUAUUAUUUAAGUUAUUAUUUAUAUAUCCAGGAAGAUGUACUUUCAGUUGACUCCGAUAAUAAUGAACUUCCGGGGACUACAUUUUUGGAUCCCUGUUUAUUGUAUCUGAUGAAGUCAAAAUGAAAUAGAAUUACUCCCUAAUGAUUGAUUUUAUUAAUAUAGCGAUAGAGCAAAAUACAUUAACAGCACUAACUAAAAAUUUCAAUAUUUCAAUUUCCCCUUUAUAAAUCAAUUAUUUUCAAUUGUUUGCUUUGUAUGUUUUUCAUUAGUUUCUUUUUCUAGAUUUUUCUCCUAAGUUCAUGCUGUCUCCAUAUUUGAUUUUGCUUUGACCAUUCUCUAAGUAUCAUAAUGCAGCUUUGACGCCCUUCAGUGCCUCUUGCACUGUUGGAUGUCCCACUCUUUGAAGGCCAUUUUACUUCCAUUACAUCCAUGAUCCUUUCAGUAGCAGGAUGGUGCAAAUGGAGGAGAGAAUUAAUUUCCCGGUCAUAUUUCCUAUAACUGAGGUUCACUAUAAUUGAAUCUUCUUAUGCUUAUUUGAAAUAUAAGUGAAAUGGGACACUGAAUCAAGUUUACUGUAACCAUGGGGUUGUCUGUAGUUAGCUUUUUACAUUGAGCAAUAAAAAUUAAUAAUGUUUUGAAAUCAAUAUUUUUCCCUUUCGGAAAUUCGGAAAAAGAAUGUUGGAGAUAGGAAAUGGAAAUAAUCUAGUAGGAUGUAAUGAACCAGUUAACUUAACUAGCCCCAAAUUGGUCUCUUUCUAUGAAGAAAAGAAUAUAGAAAAUUUAUAUUUUUGAAAUAUGAUUUGUCACAAAGGUAUAAAAUGAUCGCUGGGCCCUCACCAGCUUCACAAAAAACGAAGUUUUUGCUAGAUAUCGGAAAUUUGUUUUAGAUCAUUAGAAAGAGGUAAUCUGUAAAAAUAAGUUAUGAUAUUAAUUAUUAAUUUUUAUUAAUAUGCCAACAAUUUAGUGAAUUGGGAUAUAUAGAUAUGACUUACAGGUUGUUGCAGCUGUUUUAGACCUUUUAAAAAUGGUAGUUCUCAUUUAAAAUGGUUUUAAAGAGAUUUUUGGGGCUUAUAUGUCUGGUUUUGAACCAUGAAUUUUGAUCUACUUUUGUUUAUAAGAGAGGUGUGGGAAUUUUUGUCUCUAUUGUGACAAACUAUUGUCUUCAGAAGAGAAACUGAAAUGUUAAGAGAAUAAAAUAUUCUGAGAUGUGGGGAGAGACUAUUGCAAUGCCUCCAUAGAUUUUACAAAGAAUAAAUAAAUAAAUUGAAUAUAAUUUUGUUGCGAUUUUUGUUAUGUAGAGUUAUCUUCAAGCUGAUACCAUAGAUAUAUUUUCAGCAAAGUAGUGAUAAAUUCAGAGUGUAUAUAUAUAUAUUCUGUUAGGCCCGCACAGCAUUUUACACUUUGACUAACCUCAGGAGCAACUACGUGUGAGCAACUUUAGUGCAAACCCAGGCAGUGUCGAUGGAUGGGUAUAAGACUCGUACCAUGAGUGGGGACCACCAAUGAGAAUGCGUAAUUCGAACCGUAGCGCAUACAUUGAAAGAGCAAUUGUGAACAUUGAUGGACUAUAACAUACAGUUCAAGUAUCAUUACUUUUUAUUUGGAAAAUGGUUAUUGUCGAAGUAUGAACCUAAAACGAAUUAGACGUACAUAUUUAAUUUGGAUACCAGUGUAGUUAUUGCUUGUAGGACUGAUAAUGUAAUUUGCUUUGCUAUAAUGUAAUCGCAAAUUUAGCAUGCUGCUAAA